AGACGUGAAGCGUGGAGCCACGUAGACUGCCUGCCUUUCGCAUUCACCGGCGGUACGAAGCAAACCGCUCCGUUUGUGUGCUCUCUCGAUGGAGGCGCCGAGAAAGAGCGGCAAACGCGGGAUUAGUUACCCACCUAGUGGCGCCGAUUCCGCCACAACCUCAAAACCCGAGAAAAAUCGUGUCUUUUGGUUCCCAAAUCCCGCAUAAAUACGAAUCCAAAACAAUCUCCAAGUUUCGUUCCCCUCGGCCUCUCUCCGCCGCCUCCGCCCGCCGUCGCGGCCGCUGCAUUGCGGUUCUCCAGGGUUUCGAUUCCAUGGGAGGGGAAUCUAGGGUUUCCGAUGAGGUCCUGGGCACCGCCGUCCCGAUCGGCGUCUACUGGCUCUACUCGGGCCUCUACUGCCUCCUCCAUCGCCUUGAUUGUUUCCGGAUGCACUCUCGGAAGGAGGAGGCCGCCAAGAACUCCAUCUCCAAGGCCACCGUCGUCAGGGGGGUCCUCCUUCAGCAGUCGAUCCAGGCCACCGUCUCUCUUGCCCUCUUCGCGUUUGCAGGCAACAAGAUUGAGGACCAACCAGUAUCUGAAGACUCCAUUCUGGCUUAUGCUAUGCAGUUCUUGGUUGCAAUGCUUGUAAUGGAUACAUGGCAGUACUUCAUGCACCGGUACAUGCACCACAAUCAAUUCCUCUACCGUCACAUCCACUCCCAGCACCACCGUUUGGUCGUCCCGUACUCUUUCGGGGCACUCUACAACCACCCAAUUGAGGGGCUCCUCCUCGACACAGUUGGUGGUGCCUUAUCCUUUCUUGUAUCCGGCAUGUCUCCAAAGGCUUCUAUCUUCUUCUUUUCCUUUGCAACCAUCAAGACAGUUGAUGACCAUUGUGGGCUUUGGCUCCCUGGCAACCCCUUACACUUGCUCUUCAAGAACAACACAGCCUAUCAUGAUAUCCAUCAUCAGCUCUAUGGCAGCAAGUACAACUUCUCCCAGCCCUUCUUCGUCAUGUGGGACAAGAUUCUCGGGACGUACAUGCCAUACACCAUCGAGAGAAGAAUGGAUGGAGGCCUUGAAGCAAGACCAAAGAAGGUUGACUGAGGGGGGGCACUAGGGUAGAUGAAGGAGAAUUAUUCCUGAUGAUGUAUAGAUUCUGGCAGCUUCUGAUUUUCAGUUUUGACUUGAUUUAAGACAGUCUGAAUUAUAAAUCCACGUGUAAAGAUACUCAAAUUCCUCAGCAACGAGCAUACACUUAUGUUGAUCUGCAAGUGGAUGUUGUUGCCACUGUGCUUGCUGCUAUGUUUUUCCCUGCUAGUUUCUUAUACAAAUUUU